GAAGUUAACAAGACUUUACCAUGGCGACGGAGACGCUAUCCGUUGACUUCUACAGACUGAUUUUAUUUAUUUUAAUAAAAUCUAAUUUACUUUACUCUCAGCAGUUUGAAAUAUCAUUUCAGGGGCCAUCAGACUGCGGCACAGAACAGUAUUUCGAUAUAUCUAGUCUGUCGUGUUUAAAAUGCGGUUCAAGUCAAAAAAAGAGUGCAGAUGGAUUGAGUUGUCAGUGCCAGACGGGGUUCCGGAUUCUCUCGACGAAUGGAGCGUCCAUCACUUGCCAACAGUGCCCUCCAGACAGACCUGCAGUAACUGAAGAUAGAUAUGGGUGCAUUCAGUGCCCAGGCAGACUUACAGAGACAGGGAUGUGCCAGUGCCCAUCAGGCACUAUUCUGGUGGAAAGGGAUGUUCAAGGGAAUCUUCUAGAAGAAGCUGUGUGUGAGGUGUGCAGUGGAGUUGCGCCCACAUUCUCAGCACCUGACCACCGUGGUAACAGAUGUGAGAGAUGUCAAGCCACCUUCAUCAACACCACCUCCUCCUGCACGUGUGGCUCCCCCAACAUCCUGGCCGGAGGACUGUGUUUCCCAGCAGCCCCCCCUAACAACCUUCCUGCUACAGUCAACACACAUGUUAACUUUGCUCAGCUGGCUCUCCCAGUCCAGUCAGCGUGGUUCUCCAAACACCUGUACUCCUCAGCAGCUGCCUGCCUGGUGUUCUCUAACCGGACAGCCUGCCAGGCUCUGGGCAACAUGUGUGUUAUGAACAUGCACUCCUUCAGCAGUGCCAGCAUGGACGCCUGUGGUCUCUUCAACACAGUGUUCAGGUCAACCGCCGCCCUGGGAUCCACCCAGGACAUCUCCUACUGGAGGGCCAAUCUGCCGUGGCUUUACUAUGGAGACCAGCCAGGCCUGGCCAAUCGCGUGCUGCAGACCGAUCCACUGCCUACAGGGUUCAGCUUCAAGGGAAACAACCGGAACACAGACAUCAAGCUGCUGGCUGCUGUGUACAACGCCAGGGGAGACUUCCUGUCCUGGGAGCAGGUGGGAGGAGCUAACCUGCAGUUGUGUCCUGAUUCAGCCAGUAUACAGAGAGCAGCCUACACCUUUGGCACGGCCUUCCAAGAGACUUGUGUGCUCCCUGUAGCAGAGCUGCUGCGUGUUUACCCUGAGCCUGUAUUCUACGACGUGUUUGUGGAUGUGAGUAACGGAGGGAGCCAACGUCUCAUCCCCCUCCCCACACGCAACCUGAACCAACAGUUCAACGGCCUGUUUACCAACCAGGGGAACAUGAAUGACUGGUACCUGUCGAGACGUCUGCUGUUGGUGGACACCCUCAGCGGGAGAGAGAACAGUCUCAGCUCUCUGCCUAAAGUCCUUCGCAUCGCUAGCAGCAUCAACAUAAAGUUCCAGUUGGUCCCAGAAACCCAGAGGGGUCAGGUGUACCUCCCCCUACUGUCUGUGGCCUACUCUGACAUCCUCAUCACAGACUCCAACACACAGACUGUUUCAGUGUCGUUUGCAGUCAAUUACGAAAUGGACCAAAAUGAGGCUCGCAUCAAAACAGACGUGGCUCUAGGGGUGCUGGGUGGUGUAGCUGUGCUGUACUCGCUCCUGAAGACAGCCAGCUGGAAGAGGAGGAUGGCCUCACCCCUCAUCGACAUGGAGACUGUGAUGAAGUUCCUGUUGUUCUACGCUGGAGAUCUGGCCAACGUGUUCUUCGUCAUCACCUGGGGAACCGGACUCUACUGGCUCAUCUUCUACAAGGUCAGCACAGCCCAGCAGUUUGUUUCUGUGCUGUUGCCGUUGCCUGCACAAGAGGAGCGUUUUGUGACCUACAUUGGCUGUGCCUUCGCUCUAAAGACUGUUCAGUUUCUCCACAAGCUGGUGCUGCAGCUGUCUGUGGACGUGUUCCUUAUAGACUGGGAAAGACCACGUGGCAAAGCCAACAGGACUGUCCAGGGUUGUGCUGAGGGGAAACGGGAGCCAUCUCCUGUCAGUAUCUGGAGGACUUACUUUGUUGCCAACGAGUGGAACGAGAUUCAGACCAUCCGCAAGAUUAACCCAACCUUCCAAAUCAUGGCUGUUCUCUUUCUUCUCGAGGUGGUAGGUUUCUCCAGUCUGUCCCUCAGAGAGCCGUGGGCCGUGCUGGAGCGCCCCCCGCAGGCCUUCAGCCCUCCCUCCAGCCUGACACUGCGCUACGGCCUGGCGGCCUCCCUCUGGCUCUGCUUGGGCCUACUGCAGAUGGUGUUCUUCACCGUGUUCCACGAGCGCUUUGUGGAAGAUAAGAUCCGGCAGUUUGUCGACCUCUGCUCCAUUAGUAACGUCUCUGUACUCCUGCUGUCACACAGGUGUUUUGGUUAUUACAUCCAUGGGCGUUCUGUUCACGGCCAUGCUGACACCAACAUGGAGGAGAUGAACAGCAACCUGAAGAGAGAGGCUGAGGCCCUGUGUGGUCAGAGAGGGUUGCUUCCUAACACAGACACCCAGACCUUCCAGAUAUCCAUCACCAACCGCCUCAGGCAGCAGUACGACCGCAUACGGGAACCCCUCAGCAGGAGAAACGGGCCGUCACGGUUGGUGGACGCGUCCUUGAACAACCCCUUUGACCAGAGCACCAAGGCCUACCACACCAUGAACCGGUUCCUGGGCUCCAUUAUAGACCAUGCCCAUCGGGACAUGGACUACAUAGUGAAGGACAAGCUCCUGCUUGAGAAGGUCGUUGGGAUGGAGUUCAUGGAGCCUAUCGACAAAAGCAUCUUCUAUAACGAUGAGUCCCACUCGUUCAGUGACGUGUUGUUCUACGGGAACGAGGCCACCCUGCUGAUCUUCGACACCCUGUUCUUUUGCGUGGUGGACCUGGGGGCCCAGAGUUUCACCCUGGCUGCUGUGCUCACAUAUCUACAGCAGAUGAUCAUCCGUUUAAUUCGCAACGCUUUUGGCCGGAGAAAUCUUGCAAACAAGACAUUGGUGGAUCAGAGGUUCCUUAUCUAGUCUUAUUUUCCUGCUGUCUAAGCCUUCGUAGUUACGUGUCCAGAGCAUUUCUGUUUUGUACAUGUGAUUUUGUACCAUUUGUUUACACAGUUGCAGUAUUUUACAAAUUGUUCACCGCCUGGCAAAUGAUGUAAAUUUUGAUUGCACUUUUGUAUUUGAUGUUUUAUAAUAAAUAAAAGAAAUGUGACUU